GUGCAGGCCCAUGUAAUGUAAACAGGAAGAGGGAAGAGAGGAGAGAGGAACGAUCAGUGUUGUUAUUUAAACUAGCUCUUUUGGGAUGACUGUGCUUGUCUGUAAAAUUCUGUUUUUUUGAUAAGGGGGUGCAUUUAUAAAAAGCGAGGAUUAUCAGCGAAAUAACAUUUGAUUUGACGUUUAUUUACCUACUAGAGCUAGAGCAUAAACAAGAGCAAGAUACAUUCACAUCAGUAUAGUACUACUCAGACGCUUGUGACGAAAUAUUAACGCUAAUAUGCACCUGAAAUAUGGACUUUAAAAUAUUUUUAUAUUUGUAUAAUUACGUGUUUACUCAUUUUUAUAUAUAAGGGAAAAUGAAACUGGUUCGAGCAGAAUAUCAAGAACUGACUAAAUAUAUGGAACACCUCAGACCUACCAGGCAGUGCAUGAAGAUGCUAAAAGAAAAGUUUUCCAGUCAAUCGCAGUCCACUCUGCUGAGCAUCUUCUCCCAGGAGUACCAGAAACGAAUCAAAAGAAGCCAUGCAAGGCAUCACACUGCAGAGGCCAUUGAAAACUACUACCAAAGCCUUUCAUUUUUAAGGUACCUGAGUGAAGUGAGGAAAAAUCUGACUGCCCCUGUCCUUUUGGAAUUGGCCAAUGAGGUGGACUUUUCCCCCUCACUGAUGGCUCGGAUGGUGCUCGAAAGGUAUCUUCAAGAACUUGAGGGAACACCACCCUCCAAGCCUGUUCUAAACAGUAUGCUACGGGAACCGUCUUUAAUUCCUGACAGAUUUUUAGCCAAUCAAGUGUACCAGUGCACAAUAAAUGACUGUUGUUAUGGACCAUUGGUAGACUGCAUCAAACAUGCCAUUGGACAGGAACAUGAAAUUCUGCUGCGAGAUAUGCUUAGAGAAAGAAACUUGUCCUUUUUAGAUGAAAAUCAGCUUCGUGCCAAGGGUUAUGACAAACCUGAUAUCAUUUUGGAAGUUCCAAUAGCAGUGGAAGGUCAUGUAGUUCAUUGGAUUGAAAGCAAGGCAUCGUUUGGGGAUGAGUAUAGUCACCGCUCCUACCUGCAUGACCAGUUUUGGAGCUACUGGAAUAGGUUUGGUCCUGGAUUAGUUAUCUACUGGCAUGGAUUUAUAGAGGAGCUCGACUGUCAUCGUGAACGUGGCAUCCUACUUAAAGACUGCUUCCCCUUAGACAUUGUAACUUUAUGCCACAGCUCGAGCCAGAGUUAGUGGUGGGAGAGGAGAAGGAGAGAGGGUAAAUCCGGAAGCAAUUUUACUUUCCUGCAGUGCAAACUACUGGCAAACAUCUGCCCUGAACUUCAGAUGAACUCCUGCUGUUCAGGGUCAUACUAAUACCUCUUUAUAAAAACAUACUCUGAGUUUCUGUUUAACUUCAAUCCCAUGCUUGUGCGAGCAGCCAAAACUGACAGACACAUCCCACUCAUUAUCACCAGCUCUGUCUUUGUCAAACAGUUUAGAUAGCAAUAAUCUUUCUUCCCUCUGAAUUUUUUAAAGCAACGCAAAUUAAUAGGUGUGACUUUUUAAAGACAUGGAUAAUUUAAAAAAAAAUGCUAAAUAAAUGUUUUAUUGUUUUUUUCAUUUCAGCUCAAUGUAACUACUGUGGUAUAUUAUAGUAAUCGUAUUUCCGUCUCUGCUCUUUGUUUGAGAGAUACACACAUUGUAGUUUUUUAAGGUGUUAAAGCAUGUUUUAACUGCCCAAGCUGAAACUUCACAGGGCUAUUUUUAUUAAUAAAAUAUCUGUAUUAGAUGUUAAA